AUGGAGGUCAAGGACUUCUUGAAAGAGUCUGAAGAAAGUUCCAGAGGGUCAAAAGAGAUGUCUAAGAAGAAAGCAUCAUCAUCGUCAUCAAGACCUUCGAAGCAGUCGAAAAGCUCGCACAAAGGUUCAAAACAGAAGCGGAAAGCCAGUGUUAUGGUUCAGUUGAAGAAAGGAAAACGGUCGAAAACGCCUCACACGCCUCACACUCCUCACCCCACGCAGCCGAAAAUCAAACCGAAGAAAAUGGAUCUUGGCGAUAAGCAGAAAAUUAUCGCAAUGGGAGCGAAAAAGGAUACCUCUGCAUACCCUACUAUGGAUGAUAUAAUGAGCGAUUGGGAUUCAAAGGAAGACGACCAAAAAGGGCAGAAGAAGAAAAAAAUCAAACCGAAGAAAAUGGAUCUUGGCGAUAAGCAGAAAAUUAUAGCAAUGGGAGCGAAAAAAGAUACCUCUGCAUACCCUACUAUGGAUGAUAUUAUGAGCGAUUGGGACUCAAAGGAAGACAACCAAAAAGGGCAGAAGAAGAAAAAAGAUGGAGGCCCGAAAAGGCCGUUUAUUGGUGCUGAAAAGAAAGAAAUACUGAGCAUGCUACGGGAAAGGCCAAAUUCAAUUUCGCCUCACUAA